GACACUACUACAGUUUGAGCGCUCAGUUCGUGUUUGGACAAGAAUCUAACAUCAACCCUGGUUAUCUGCAGGAUAUCUGAGGGAACCAGGCAGUAAUAAGUCUUACAGACUGAGAGCCAUUAACCAGAUUCUUCAAAAAGGCCUUUAGUCCACACACUGUGACCUUUAGGUCAUAAAACAUGGAAUCCUGGAACAAUGGCGCAAAAAUGUCUGACUUAACAUCAAUGAAUGUGCAUCUGCUUAAUUUCAACUGCUACAGAACAAAGCAGGACUUGUGAAGUUGACACCGACCUGCAAUUCACCUCCCCCAGGAUGUUCAUCAUGAGAGAGCAGGUGGAUGUGAUUCACGCUGGAGAACAGCAGAUGCUGCAGACACUAGUGAAGAUUGAAGUGAUGCAGGAGGAGAUAAAAGAAGAAAUCACAACAGAGGAACAACAAACUGAUGAAGAUGAUGAUGAACAGCAGAUGCUGCAGACAUCAGUGAAGAUUGAAGUGAAGCAGGAGGAGAUAAAAGAAGAAAACACAGCAGAGGAACAACAGAGUGAUGAAGAUGAUGAUGAACAGCAGAUACCAGUGAAGAUGUGUUCAGUGAAGCUGCUGGACUGCAGAAACCUGAUGAAGAUGAGAGGAGAAAACACAGCAGAGGAACAACAGGGUGAUGAAGAUGAUGAAACCACAGCAGAGGAACAAACGAGUGAUGAUGAUGAUGAUGAACAGCAGACACCAGUGAAGAUGUGUUCAGUGAAGCUGCUGGACUGCAGAAACCUGAUGAAGAUGAGAGGAGAAAACACAGCAGAGGAACAACAGGGUGAUGAAGAUGAUGAUGAUGAUGGUGAAACCACAGCAGAGGAACAUCAGAGUGAUAAAGAUGAUUGUAUUUCCUCAGAGCUGAUGGAAUUGAAAGCUGAACGUCAAGAACUCAGUGAAGUGGAGGAGAAACUUCAGUGUCAGAAACAUCAGGAUUUCGCAACUGAAGAAAAAUCUUUGAGUGGCUCAAAGACUGUGAAGAAUUCCUCAGCAAAACAGCUUAAAAGAAGAGCAGCCAAGAAAUCUUUCACCUGCUCUCAGUGUAAAAAAAAAUUCAUAUUUAUAAGCCAGCUUAAUGUUCACAUGAGAGUUCACACUGGAGAAAAGCCUUACACGUGCCAACAGUGUGGAAAGAAUUUCACAAGUAAAAACUGGCUUAAUAGUCACAUGAGAGUUCACACUGGAGAGAAGCCUUACAAGUGCCAACAGUGUGGAAAGAGUUUUGCAUAUAAAUUAAAUUUGAAUGCGCACAAAAAAAUUCACACUGGAGAAAAGCCUUUCACAUGCCAUCUGUGUGAAAAAUGUUUCACUUCUAAAGGAAACCUUGAUAUACAUACAAGGAUUCACACUGGAGAGAGGCCUUACACGUGCCAUCAGUGUGGCAAAGGUUUCACACGUAAAGUAUGUCUUAAUAAACACACAAUGGUUCAUACUGGAGAGAAGCCUUUCACAUGCAAUCAGUGUGGAAAGAAGUUCACAGAUAAAUAUUAUCUUCAUAUGCACACAAGAGUUCACACAGGAGAGAGGCUUUUUACAUGCCGUCAGUGUGGAAAAGGUUUCAAAUGGGCAGGUACACUGAAAAAGCAUCUCUGCUGUCACUCUGGAGUAAAACCAUUUGAAUAUGAUAACUGUGGUAAAAGAUUUGUUGAGGAUUCGGACCUAAACCAACAUCUGAAAACGCACACAAAUGAGAAGCCUUACAAGUGUUCAUUUUGUGGAAAGAGUUUUGCAUGCCUGUCCUAUUUUAAACAGCACCAGAAAAUACAUACCUUUUCCGGGGUUCAAAUGUGCUUUGAAUGUGGGAAGAUCUUUAUUACAGCCAUCAGCUUAAAACAGCACCAAAGAAUUCAUACUGGAGAGAAACCAUACAAGUGCUCGAACAGUGAAAAGAGUUUCACUCUGUCAAAUAAACUGAAAACACAUGAGAGAAUUCAUACUGGAGAGAAACAAUACACGUGCUCACACUGUGAAAAGAGUUUCACUCAGUCACAUGACCUGAAAAGACACAAGAGAAUUCAUACUGGAGAGAAACCAUACAAGUGCCAUCAGUGUGGAAAGAGUUUCACUCAGUCAGAACACCUGAAAACACACAAGAGAAUUCAUACUGGAGAAAAACCAUACAAGUGUUCUUCAUGUGGGAAAGGUUUCAACCAAUCAGGUACACUACAGAAACAUGUAAAAAAGAACUGCCCCAGCAGUCACAGUGAGCAAGAAUCAUCUUCAGGUCCAACAAUAUCAAGUAAAUAGUUUGGAAGAUAAAAC